GAAGCAUUUAUAUUUACAUAUUCAACAUGUAAAUACAUGUUGUGUUCAACUUAAAAGUUUCAACUGUAUAAUUGUAUAAAUAAAAAAUAAAAUUGUCAACUGUGUAAAUAGUGAGUAUAAAAAUUUGUCAGUAAAAAUUAUGUUUAACUGUGAAUUGUGAUAGUACGUUCGAUUGGAAAUCAUUAGUGCUGAACGGAUUUUAGUAAAAAAAAACAAAACAAAUUCUGUAUUAGUUAAAUACAAUAAAAUAAAUUGUCUCGAAAAGAAAACGACAGAUUCAACAUGAGAUUCAAUAACAAAGAAAUGAUUCAUGUCAGCCAUUCAAAUCCUGUUCUUGAAGGGCGGAUGUCCUAUACAAAAUUGUCCAAUGGAUAUGCAUCUAAAGGUUUCAAGGAAAGAUGGUUUCGACUCAAGUACAACCUAUUAUUUUACUUUAAAAUAAAUGGAUUUGGGCAAGUUGAUUUACAUCAACCAGCCGGUGUUUUUGUUUUGGAGAAUUCUAUUGUAAGACUUGAGAAUAAUAUGCCAGGAACAUUGUUUUCAUUUUCUCUUUCAUUUAAAGAUGAACCAGAUAAAAAGUACAUUAUUUCUAGUCAAUCUGAGGAUCAUGUUCAUCAGUGGAUCAAAUGUAUUCAAUGCUCAACUUAUGAAUAUAUGAGGACCCGAAUGACUACAAUACAAAAAAAAAUCGUGGAGCUUACUGGAAGAGAUCCGUUAUUGAUGUAUCCGGAGGAAGGGAAGAAAAUUGGCCGGACGAAAAGAUCGGCGGCGGAUGGAGACGAUGAUUUAUUUUUCAACUUGCCGACUAAUCCACUUCCUCCACCCAGGCACAAACAUGAUGCCUGCAAAACGGUCGAAUCGAAUCUAAUCGAACUGUAAAGAAUUGUGUCUGUAAGUAGGUAUGUUAUGCGUGUAUGCAGAGAAGGGGUUGUUUGUUGUUCACCAUCACGCCGAACGAUACCGGCUGACGACGCGCGUGCAUCGAUGUACCUUAUAUUUAUUUUGUAAUAUGCGUGCCGCUAGCUAGUGAUUUUGUGUUUUCAAAUUCGAUUACAUUAUACCUAUCGUGUUACAUGCCUUACCGUAAAAAUAUUAUUCUUAUUACUAUAUACACGGUAUACCGCUGUUAACCCUGUUAUCGUAUAUUAUCAUACAUGUCGGCGGGGUGGUUUCAAAUUUACAACUGAAACGUAUUCACUUCUGGAAAACGUUUUCCCAGUUAUGCUGCGUCCCGAAUAAAUUCCUAUAUAAUACAUUAUUAUAUUAAAUUGCAACAUAUGGUUUCCAUAAUUUUGUAUAGGUAGGUAUAUUAUAUAUUAUACCUAUACGAUAUAUAAGCAUACAUAAUAUAUUAUAUAGUAAAUAA